UCACACUGGCGAGAAGGAUUUUUUUUGCAUGCGUCUGUGUGGGACGUGGUGUGAAGUUAUGUGCUCCAAGAACAAUAGCACCCUGGGAGAUCAAGAGGCAGGCACAAUCCGAUGCUGGGAAGGAGCUCAAGGAGCAGAAUGACUGAAGAUUCCUGCAUCCUUUUAACACAUUAAAGCAACUCGUCCAUUUUCUGUGAUUUUUUUCAACAAACACUCCACUGGCUUUUUGGGGGGAGUUUAACACAUUGGAGAGAUUUGGAGAGAGAGAGAAAAAUACACUUCUUUCUUUUCUUGAACUUUCUGUAUUUUUCGGUUCCAGUUCAUUGACCACAGAGGACACCAGUGAAGGAGUUAUGCCUCAAACGCGUUGACUCGCUGAACUUGCAAGUAAAAAAUUUAGGACACGGAGAGAGUGCGAACAGCAAGUGUGAGAAAGAGAUCGAAAUAGAGGUGUUGGUAGAGGGGACUGCGGCUGCCUCUCUCCACCGGCACCGCAGGGAAAGCGAGGCGGCAAGAUGCUGCGCUAUCUGCUGAAGACCCUGCUGCAGAUGAACCUGUUCACGGACAGCCUGCGGGAUCACAACGGAACCGACCCGUUCCUCAACGGCUCCAUGCCGCCCUACAACGGCUCCAUGCUUGACUGGGGCAACUUCACGGGCUUCAACGGAUCUCGUCCCCGACUGGAGGACGCGGCGCCCCGCGUCGUGGAGCACCCGUCCGACCUGAUCGUGUCCAAGGGCGAGCCGGCCACCCUCAACUGCAAGGCGGAGGGCCGGCCGUCGCCAAUGGUGGAGUGGUACAAGGACGGCGAGCGCGUGGAGACGGACCGCGAGGACCCGCGCUCGCACCGCAUGCUGCUGCCCAGCGGCUCGCUCUUCUUCCUGCGCAUCGUGCACGGCCGCCGCAGCAAGCCCGACGAGGGCGUGUACGUGUGCGUGGCGCGCAACUACCUGGGCGAGGCGGUGAGCCGCAACGCCUCGCUGGAGGUGGCAAGUGAGUGGACCGCCGUUUUUGCUCUUUGUAGUCUGAUCGAGCGAUGGAUUCGGGGAAUGGAUGUCGGUGCCGCUGUGUUCUCUGCGUUCUGUUUGUCGUCUUGCGCAACUUCGGACCGCGUGCCGCCCAUCAUCCGCCAGGGACCGGCCAAUUACACGCAGGCUCCGGGCUCCACUGCCCAGCUACAGUGCCACAUCAUGGGCAACCCCCUUCCCAGCAUCCAAUGGGAGAAGGACGGCCAGAGGAUCCUUGGGAGUGACGGGCGAAUCAGCUUGAUGGAAAACGGCACCUUUCAAAUCACCAACCUUCAGGAAACGGACUCUGGGGUGUACACCUGUGUGGCUUCCAGCUCCAGCGGAGAGACCAGUUGGAGUGGAGUACUAACAGUCAAAGAGAGCGCCGACCAGUCCGGCUCCCAGAACGCGGAGCCCUUCCAGCUGCCCGGCCCGCCCCACAAGCCCGUGGUGACGGAUGUGACCAAGGCCAGCGUGACCCUCACCUGGCAGCCCAACGCCCACGAGGGCGGGGCCGACGUCACCUCCUACAUCGUGGAGGCCUUCAGCCAAUCAGCUGGCAGCACCUGGCUGACCGUGGCAGACAACGUGAAGAUGGAGACACACACGAUCAUGGGCCUGUUUCCCAACACCAUCUACCUGUUCAUCGUGCGUGCUGUCAACGCCUACGGCCUGAGCGACCCCAGCCCCAUUUCUGAACCUGUCCGCACUCAAGACGUGAGCCCCACGGGUCAGGGCGUGGACCACAAGCAGGUCCAGCGGGAGCUCGGCGAGGUCGACGUCCAACUGAAAGAGCCUGUCUCACUCACCACUGGCGCCAUCCAGAUAUCCUGGACAGUGGACCGCCAGUCCCAGUACGUGCAGGGCUACCGGCUCCUCUACCGGCCCGGCGGCGGCACCUGGGUGCUGCAGGACGUCGCCUCGCCGUCGGAGCGCUCCUCGGUGCUCGGUGACCUGCUCAAGGGCACCGAGUACGAGUUCAAGAUCCGGCCGUACUUCGACGAGUUCCAGGGCCGGGACAGCCGGGUGCUGUCGCUGCAGACCCCGGAGGAAGCCCCGAGCGCCCCGCCCCGGGCUGUUACCGUGGUGACGGUGAAGCAAGGCAACAGCUCCAGUGUCAGCGUCACCUGGGAGCCCCCUCCCAGUGACAUGCAGAACGGCGUCAUCCAGGACUACAAGGUGUGGUGCCUAGGCGUCCCGACGGACAACCAGACCCGCUACUCCAUCAACAAGACGGUGGAGGGCUCCACCCUGUCCACGGUGCUGAAGGGCCUGGUGCCCGGCGUCGUGUACCAGGUGGAGGUCGCCGCGGUGACCAGCGCCGGGGUCGGCAUCCGCAGCCAGCCCGUGCCUGUCCUAAUCAAGCUGCCGUCGGAGCAGGCGGGCGCGGUGGGCAGCGGGCCUAACGGUGCUAAUGGCGUUAGCGGUGGCGGCGGCGGCGGCGGUGGAGCAGAAGGCGGCGCCCCCAGCUCCAACGGCGACGGCGGGGAGAGCAGCGUGAGCCUGGCGGAGCAGAUCACCGACGUGGUGAAGCAGCCGGCGUUCAUCGCGGGCAUCGGCGGCGCCUGCUGGGUCAUCCUCAUGGGCUUCAGCGUGUGGAUCUACAUCCGCCGCAAGAAGAGGAAGGAGCUGAGCCACUACACCGCCUCCUUCGCCUACACCCCCGCCGUGGGUUUCCCACAUGGAGACGGAUCAGGGCUCAAUGGAAGGCCUGGCAUGAUGGCCGGGAGCAUGGGGAACUACCCAUGGCUGGCCGACUCCUGGCCCACCACCACCACCAACCUGGUGCACAACAGCAAGGAAGCUGUGGACUGCUGCCCCGCAAAGCACGACGCCACUGACAGAUACUACAACGAGGCCGGCAUCUCCAACUACCUGAGUCAGACGGAGAAGUGCAGCCUGGGCGACUCCACCGAAGGCCCCAUCUACAGCACCAUCGACCCCACUGGGGAGGACCUGGCCAGCUUCCACGGCUACGGCCAGCACGCCACGCCCUACGCCUCCACCUCCCUCACCCCUUACGCCGCCCAGAACCCUGAGCUCGGCCCGACCGGACAGCAGCUCCAGCAGCAGCUCCUCCAGCCCGAGGAGGGCCACUGGGCCACCCAGCCGGGCCCUUCGGGGGCCCAGUACGCCCUGCCGGACCGCUGCAGUGGCAAGCCCAAGCAGAAGCCCAUGGGCAAGGCAGUGAAGACCCCCUCCCUGUCCUGGACCGAAGUCCUCCCCCCGCCCCCACCGACCGAAGAGCUGGACCACUGUGUGUUGCUGGACCCCCCGGAGCUCCAGGAUAUGGAGAUAGGCUCGGAGGAGGAGGAGGAGGAGGAGGAGGAGGAGGAGGAGUGGUGCCCCCCGCUCCCCGAGAGGACCUACCUGAUGGAGGACGCCUGCUCGCCGGCCACCUCCUACAGCCACCAGUCCACCGCCACGCUCACCCCCUCCCCCCACGAGGAGACGCCAGCCCCCCACCACGCAGCCCACUUCAGCCUGCUGGACGGACCGCAGCACCCGGCACGGAGGAGGCUACCCUGCGGCCCCGUGCCGAUGCCCCAGGCCCCGGGAGCUCCCCUCACCCAGUCCAACCCCAACCUGAGCGUGGGCCCUUACUGCCAGAGUCCGGCCCACCGCAACCCGCACAGCCCCGGUGGGACCCUGGAGGGCAGCGACAGCAGCCCCGCCACCCCUGUUCACGGACGUGACGUGCACGGCCUCGGCAGCCAAAAGUCCCGUCUGAAGAAGAAGGCUUCCAAGAGCGGACCGUACCGGAGAGACAUACAAGGAGACUUGCCCCCACCGCCGGAGCCUCCCCCAGAGGAGGGGGACCGGUUGAAGGGCCUCGGGGCCGGCGAUAGGCCCCCUGGAGCAGCAGUGUCGUCCCUGGAGAAGAGGGAACACAACGGCUUGAACCACCAAAGGAAAGGCUCGGGCCCGCGGCUCACGGACGGCGAGGACCUGGCGGUGUACGGCAGCAAAGCGGCCUACGCGUCCAGGAACCACGUGCCAGGGAGCUGCUCCACCACGGGCAGCUCCUCGUCCCGGGGCUCCUCUGGCUCCCGGGGGCCCCCCUCCUCCUCCUCCACCACCAGGAAGCACAGCGAGGGGGAGAGAGUAGCGUUGGGAGUGCCUCAGUAGGAGUGAGUGAUGAACGACAGAAAUCCACUAGUUCAGAGCGACCGGCAGGACAUGAGAUAAGGAGUACCUUCAACACACGCACACACACACACACACACACACACACACACAAACAGACAGAGCUUUUCCCACCAUGGAAGCAAGUGGAAGAAAACGACGAGGGAAAAGAGUCUGAGCUUCUCUGCAGCGUUGUUUUUUUCCAUGGGGACCCAGCCCACUGGCUGUGAAAGAUCAACAGACUUUUCAUCCUAGUUUCAUCUGGUAUUACUCUGAUUAUUUAUGGCCUAAUCCGGAUUUGCUCCUUUAUUUGUAAAUAUUCAUCCAUGUACUGUUCAUUUGUGAGUUCUCGAUACAAGGGGAGGGGGGGGAAAGACGUAUAUUGUAUUUAUAAGCAUCAAGAACACAAAUGUAAAAUAAUGGUUCCUUAUUAUUAUUAUUGUUACUAUGAAAGAAAUAUCAUGUCGUCUUGAAUGUGCCAACUGCUCUCUCUCUCUCUCUCUCUCUCUCUCUCUUGCUCUCCCCCCCUUCUCCCUUCUUUGUUUUAGAUUAUUUUUAUUCAAAAUGUAUACGCUGAGAAAGAGAGCGGCCAGCGGCCCUCUCUCUGUUGUCAUGGCGAAGCAACAGAAAACCUGAAGCACAAAGUGUGUUUGUUUGUUGAACGGGAUGUAAGGGGGGCCGGGGGUACAGGGCGAGCAGCAGCAAUAGGGUGGGAGGGCUGGGAAGGGGGAGUGACCUGGGGGUGGGGAUGAGGGUAGGGAGGUGCUUCUGGACCGACCACCUCUGCCUGGCCUCCUGUACACUGGGCGUCCCCCUACGCACGCUACACUAUGAAUGUCGUCCCCCGCUACGGUUGGGUUUUAUUUCAGUCUUCUUUGGUUUUAUUUACGGCCCGGGAAAUGAUUGUGUCGGAAGACGGACAGGCUUUAUAAAAGGUUUGAUUGUAAACUCCACCACCGCCCCCACCACCCAUGCUGCCCCCCCCCCCCUCCCCCUCCCUCCCUCCCUCCCUCCCUCGACCCCUGCCUCCCUAUGUUCAUUUUACGGAGUGUCUGCUGCAAUCGCGCGAGGAAGUUUGCAUCUUCUCUAUCCCAAAAAAAAGAUGAGAAGAAAAGAAAAGCAAAGUUCUGUGGAAUAACUUUUUUGUACUCUUGUUGUUUUGUAAAGUCCAAUAAAAAUGCAUUUGUCAAACGA